AUGGCCAGCUACGACCGCAACGUUGUCGUCAACUGCCUCAAAAGGCACUACGAGCUCCUGGUCCGCAUGGGCUAUAUGGACGUUUCGGCCGUCGAGCUCCCUCCCGUCGCCGGCUGGAGUGACGCAGAGCUCCGCGUGGAUGCUCUCCGGGCCAUGGGCCGCUCCGAGACCGUUAUCGAUCUCCUGCGGCACAUUCCCUACGUUCAUGAGAACGAGGAGUCGGACCCUGUUGAGGUGUACACCGAGACAUUCCCGCUGCGGUACCUACGCAACGGGCGGUGGUUCGGCGGCGGCAGCAACAGUAGCGGUGAAGAAUUUGCGAACACGCCGCUUUUGGACCUAGGGUUUGCGCCGUUCGACGGGCCCGUGCCGGCGGAUAUGGUCUCGUUGACGCAUGCGGAUGAGGGGACUUGGUGGUUGAUUGACACGAAUCAAGGGUGCAUCUAUCCUUACGGGACCGAGUUCGACAAGCGCGAAGAGGAUGUUCCCGAAGACAAGCAGUGGCUUGUUGUGGAUCCCGUUCCCAUCCAGGCUUACUUUGACAAGAUCCAUGCCCAGGUCGGCAACUUGGAUGUUGUGCCAGCACCCCGCUCUGGAAAAUGGGAGGCGAGAGUUGUCGAGGAGUACACCGAGGAAGGCCAGGUGAGUUCAUCAGCAACUGAAAUUCCAGACUUGUGA